CGCAUUUCCUGGGAUUUUCGGGCCCGUGGCGGAAGUCUCUGCCGUCGCCUUGGCAACUGUACCUCCAAGGGGACGCUCGGUCCUGGGCGCAGGUUGGUCCGGCCCGGGUCCCUGAGCCCCGAGGCCCAGGAGGAUUCCUUCCCCGCUGGUAGGCCUGGAGAAGCCUCUUGCUUGGAGAGAUGGCAAGUCCGCUGAUUUCUCAGUACCUGCCUCCUGACAUCGACCCUACCAAAGUGUCCAUAGCCUAUGGACGCCGGGCUCUGCCGAAGCUGAAUGAGGAGCUCCAGUCAGAGGAUCUGCUGACUCGGCAGAAGGCCCUCAUGGCCCUGUGUGACCUGGUGCAUGAUCCUGAGCACGUGUAUGAAGCUAUCAGCAUAGGGUUUCUGAACAGCUUGAAAGUGCUGCUGCGGGACCCGGACAACACCGUGCGGCAAAAAACAAUCGAAGUUCUUUACAUCAUGUCUAAUCACAGUGUGGGCAGAGAAGGCUUUUUGAAACACCAGAUCAUCCUUGCCCUCUCCAAGAUCCUGGACGACCCCGUGCUGUUGUGCCGCAAGUUCCUGCACAUGACCUACGCGAGUGUGGCCCAGAUACCCAGAGGGGCUGACGCGAUCAUUGGAAGUGGACUGAUCCCCUUUCUGGUGGACAAGGUGAAAAAUGAACAUGAGGAAAUCCAGGGGAUCAUCUUGGACACUUUGUACUUCUGCCUGCAGUGGGAUGCCUCGCAGGCCUUGCAGAGCAAUGCUGUGCCCAUCUUGCGGGAAAAGCUCAGUAGUGUCAAUGAGAAGAUCCGCAGCAAAGCAGCCCACACCCUGAUGGCCAUCUGCAUGCCGCUGGAGGGGAAGAACAAAGUGUGGGAGAAUGAUGUCAUUUCCCUCCUGGUGAUGCUCCUGGAUGACCCGGAUAUAGACGUGAAGGCCAACGCAGCAGGAGCACUGAUGUUUGCCGCGGUGACGACUGCAGGCAAAUAUGCUGCCUUGGACUCAGGAGCGAUCCCAUUUCUGCUGAAAUUGUUGGACAUCAAUGUGGUCAAGGUGCGCUUGAAUGCCAUCAAAGCUCUAACCAUGCUGGCAGAGGCUCCAGAGGGCCGGCGAGACCUGCUCCCGGAAGUGAACAGAUUCAAGGCACUGAUUAACAACCCGAUUCCAGCUGUGAGCCGGGCGGCCCAGAUUGCCACCAAGGUCAUCGAAUGGAAGCCCUAAAGUCGCAGACCCCCCAAGCUGG